CACAUCGUGUAACAUAGAGUCUUUCUGACUGAUUUCAAGGAAUUCUAGCUUUAAAAAAACAAACACCACUUCAAAAUGACGAAGACUGUUCUCUUGGUCCUUGCAUUGGCUGCCAUAGCCUAUGCUGCUCCGAGGUAUGAGAAUUUAGAAGCUGCGGCAGAAGCAUACUUUCAGCGGAUGCAGGCUCAGGAAAAGAGCUAUAUGCAACAAGAAGAAGACGAAGAAGAAGAAGAUGAAGAUGAUAGUUUAUUGGAUACCGAUGACACCGAUAUUGAAGAUCGCAUACAAAAGAUUAGGGAGAAGUUGGAUCAGUUGCAAAGCACAGGAGGUGCAUUGACGGAGAAGGAGAAAGAAGUGAUCAUGGAAAUCGAGGAGGCACUGCGCAUGACUGCUGAUAAGAAGGGAAUUACUGGAAUGGCAAUCAGCUUUCCUGAUUCUUCUAACCCUGACAAGCAACAAAAAGUUGAAUCGAUUUUGAAGAAGUUUCAGGAGCAAGAGGAGAGCCAAGGGCUACCAGACGAUAGUGGGGAAACGAAGAUAAAGGAGAUAGAAAAACUAUUGAAAGUGAUUGCUAAAGCUAGAGGCCUGAAAGGACUCAAGAUUGGUGUGAAAACUAAUGACAUUGAGUGAACACAGUCAAGUGAAUAGAUAGUUAGCGAUAUGAGUGCUUGCAGCACUGUAUCAUGCAGUUACAUGUAUAGUAGUACAUAAAUUGAAUCGAACAGAUCAUUAUCUUAAAGACAUUAUUGCAUACAACUGUGAAA